GCUCGGGCUCCCUACUUCUGCGAGUUCUGGUGGGAGCUGACUGAAGCCAGCCCGCACGCGGGCGAGGGAGGCGAGGGAGCCAUGGCGGCAUGGCCCUUCGCGCAGCUCUGGCGCGGUUCUCGGCCGCCAAGAAGCGCGGGACGCGGGCCGGCGGAGGGCGGUGCGAGGACGGGUUCCGCCAGGAGACUGUAGCAUCCAACUUGCAGCGGCUGACCGCAGCCAUCAAGCGCCAGAAGCAGAAGGGUGCCUGGCCUAAAGCGCUGGCGCUCCUCUCUGCGGCCGCCCGAAAGGGCGAGGAACGAGAUCUGGUGGCGUUCACCGCGGCGGCGGACGUGUGCGCCAGAGGCAGCGCCUGGAAGGCUGCGCUGGCAGUGCUGAAGGAGCUGCGGUCGGAGGGCCUUGCGCCGGACCUGGUGCUCUGGUGCGCCCUGGGCAGCGCCUGCAGCGCUGCGGCCCAGUGGCGCCGCGCGCUGCACCUCUCGCUGCAGGCGGUGCGCGAGGAGUGCUUGGCGCCCAAUGCCUUUUCCUUCGGCUCUGCCAUGAGCGCGUGCAGCCGGGCGUCACAGUGGGACAAGGUCCUGAGCUUGCUGGAGGAGGCUCAGUCCCUGGGUUUGGCCAACUCCUUCACCUUCAGCUCCGCCAUCACGGCGCUGGCAAAUUCGGCGGAUUCCGAAAGCGGCUGGGGCCGGGCACUGUGCUUGUGGGAGGAGGCGCAGAAUGCAGAGAUGGGAAACGUGGUGACCUUCAACGCCACGCUGACGGCCUUGGAGCGCGCCAGCCAGUGGCACCGGGCCUGCGAGCUGCUGGACAGCGGAGGCAUUCGUCCAGACGAGGUGAGCUACUCUUCGGUGGCCACCGCCUGUGCCAGGUGGCACCUUUGGGAGCGCAGCCUGGCGCUGCUUUCCAGCUGCCUGGUGCGGCCGACUUUGGGCGGCCAGAGCUGCCUGGUGCGGGCCAUGGGCCAUGCGAGGGCCUGGGAGCAGGCCUUACACCACUGGAAUAGCAACGGGCUCCGCGGCAGUGAGGUGUCUGCCAGCACGGCUUGGGCCUUGGAGGUGGCUGGCCUCACCCCGGAGCUCCGCACCUUUGCCUCCAGCUCAGGCCGCAAGGAGCUAACACUGCUCGACUUCGUGCAGCGCCGGGCGCCUCGCGGACAACUGCACGCGGUGCUGAAUGAGGUCCGACACUUUGCGCGGAAGGAGUGGCUGAAGCUGGCGGCCGGCGCCAAGGCCUCGGUGCUGCGCGCGGUGCUGCGGCCGGGGGAUGCGGUGCUGGAGCUGGGGUGCUUUGUUGGCUUCUCCGCCCUGCUCGCGGCACAAAGGCUGAGGCAGCUGGGCGGCGGCGGGAAGGUGGUCUCCUGCGAGCUCAAUCCGGUCAGUGCAAUGGUGGCCCGAGCACUGAUUGCCUGGGCGGGAGCAGAUGAUGAAGUCGAGGUUCGGGUUGGCCUGGCAUCCGACUGGAUCGCUUCGGGACAACUGGGCCGCCCUGAUGUCGUGAUUCUGGACCACCGUGGCUCUCGCUAUCACGAGGACCUCAACGCGUUGGAGCCGCACUUGGGCAAAGGGGCGCGAGUGCUGGCAGACAAUGUGCUCAGCCCCGGAGCGCCGCUCUUUUUGAGCUUCGUGGACGGCCGCUAUGAUGUCACGGUGCACGAGGUGCCGGAGUUCAGGCGCAAAGGUCGCCUGGAUUGGAUGUUGCUCUGCGCCCCGCUACAUCGGCAUGCGCGUCAAAGCGCGGCGCCUGCUCCGCCAGAGUUCCGCGAGCUUUCAGCGGAAGUUGACAGGCUGUGCUGGCGCAGCUCCAGCGCCAAGGUGUACGGGGGAGACUGGCAAGAACUGCAGGAGCAGCUGGAGCCCGUCCUACGGCGCUUCGCAGACGCCCGCGGCUGGACGUCGGCCUUGUCACCUCGGACCAACAUCCGGUCGCCACCUUCUCCUGGGACGCGGCUUUGGCUGCAGUUUUCCAUCGUGGGCAGAUGCAAGGUCAGCAUCGCCGCCGAGGCCACCUGUGUUGAGGCUCGGCCCACCUUGAUCCGUGUGGCUGCGGCGGCGGCCAAUGGUGCCGCCCACGUGCGCACGGAGAGCCAGGCGUCCCACGCGCUUCAGCAGUUAGAGGAUGCGCGAGGUGCGGCACAGGGUGCAGGCGGAGUUCUGGUCCUGCAGUAUGUGACGCGACCGGGCCGACAUGAAGCCAUGGGCCAGGCGUCAUAUCUGGCGCCGGCAAGGCUUAAGCGCAAUCUGGAGGAAAGUUGGAUUAGUGCCUGGGCCUCUCGGAACCACGGCGGGGCCGGGAGCUCUGAUUUGUUGGACUCAGAGAGAACCGCGGUGGAAGACAGCUGA